AUGAGCCGCUACGAUCCAAACCCUUUCGAAGAAGAAGAGACUCAUGUCAAUCCCUUUGCGGAUGGGACAGCUAAAAAAGGAUCUGGGCAAUCAAGUUAUGGUGGAGGAGCAUUUUACACUACUAACCCUGGAAGUGUUCCUUCUGCGACCUCAAGGCUCUCACCCCUUCCUCCUGAGCCUUAUGAUCGUGGGGCAACUGUUGACAUCCCUCUUGAUAGCUCAAAGGAUGUCAAAGCAAAGGAGAAGGAACUUCAAGCUAAAGAGUCUGAAUUGAAAAGAAGGGAACAGGAACUAAAACGAAGAGAGGACGCCAUAUCUCGAGCUGGUAUUGUAAUAGAGGAAAAAAAUUGGCCACCUUUUUUUCCCAUCAUUCAUCAUGACAUUGGAAAUGAAAUACCAAUACAUCUUCAAAGGAUGCAGUAUGUUGCAUUUACAACGUGGUUAGGUUUGGUUCUGUGUCUUUUGUGGAAUAUAGUGGCAGUUACCACUGCUUGGAUCAAAGGAGAAGGUCCAACCAUCUGGUUUCUUGCUAUUAUAUAUUUUAUUUCUGGUGCUCCAGGAUCCUAUGUAAUGUGGUAUCGCCCCCUUUAUCGCGCUAUGAGGACAGACAGUGCUCUAAAGUUUGGCUGGUUUUUUGUCUCUUACAUGUUGCACAUUGGCUUUUGCAUUUUUGCUGCAGUUGCUCCACCCAUUAUCUUUAAAGGAAAAUCUCUCACAGGUAUUUUGGCUGCAAUUGAUGUGAUAGGUGGCAGUGCAUUGGUUGGGGUAUUCUACUUUAUUGGGUUCGCAUUUUUCUGUCUUGAAUCACUGAUGAGCAUCUGGGUUUUUCAGCAAGUAUUGAUGUACUUCCGUGGAAGUGGUAAGGCUGCAGAGCUGAAGCGAGAGGCAGCCAGAGGAACGAUGAUGGCAGCUCUAUGA